GAGAACAGCUCAGGCGGCAGCCGCAGUUCCAUCCGUCUCUUGGGUCUGGCGGAGUGAGCCCGGGGUGUGAGCUGUCCGGGAGACUGGGGUGGGGUGAAUACCUUCAGAUUGGCGCGGCGGCUGCAGUAGAGACGCCACUGGAGUUGCAAACUUUAACUCCGCAGCCACUGGAGUGAGUAACUCUCACACCACUGUGGUGCGAUGAGAUGGAGUUUAAGUGCGAUGAUGCAACGUUAUGGUAUGCCCUCGAAACCAAAGGAAGGGCGCGCUGAAUGAUUCUGCUGCAAUACAGUCAUGGAGGAGACGGUGAUAUGGGAACAACAGACAGUCACACUUCACAGGGCUCCUGGAUUUGGAUUUGGAAUUGCAAUAUCAGGAGGAAAGGAUAACCCACACUUUCAGAGUGGAGAAACCUCCAUUGUCAUUUCUGAUGUUUUGAAAGGAGGACCUGCUGAAGGAUUGUUACAUGAGAAUGACCGGGUUGCCAUGGUUAAUGGAGUUUCAAUGGAUAACGUGGAACAUGCAUUUGCUGUCCAGCAGCUGAGGAAGAGUGGAAAGAAUGCAAAGAUUACAAUCAGGAGGAAAAGGAAAAUUCAGAUGCCAGUAACGAGAGCAGAGCCAGAUCGACAGCCUGUUUCGGAACCUGAGGAUGAUAGUUAUGAAGAAGAAGAAGUUUAUGAUCGUAAAAGUGGACGAAGUGGGCCGAGUCCUUAUGGUGGGAGGAGAAGUGAGAGGAACGUUGGGAGGCAUGAAGAUAGAGAGAGAAGCUUGUCACCAAGAUCGGAGCGAAGAUCAGUCUCUUCAAAUCUCCCACCAAAGCCUAUAAAAGUGACGUUGGUAAAGUCAAGGAAGAGUGAAGAGUAUGGUCUGCGAUUGGCAAGUCACAUUUUUGUGAAAGAGAUCUCUUCAGAAGGGUUGGCAGCCAAGGAUGGUAACAUACAUGAGGGGGAUGUAGUGUUGAAGAUCAAUGGCACUGUUACAGAAAACAUGUCAUUGGGAGAUGCAAAGAAACUAAUAGAAAGAUCAAAGGGCAAGCUUAAAAUGGUGGUACAGAGAGAUGAGAGAGCCACUCUCCUAAAUGUGCCUGAUUUGGAUGACAGUAUUCCUUCUGCAAAUGCUUCUGAAAGAGAUGAUAUUUCAGAGAUCCAUUCACUGGUGUCUGAUCAUUCCAACCAUUCAAAUGAGAGGCCACGACUGCGCAGCCGUUCUCGAUCACCUGACAAGCGAUCCGACUGGUCUGACCAAUCACACCAUUCUCCACAGCCGAUCAGCAAUGGAAGUCAAAGGUCCCGUGAAGAUGAUGUGAACAGAGGACCCAAACCAGGAGCAGUCUCAACACCAGUGAAGAACACUGAAGAGGCUUUUGUAGUUAAAGGUGUUGAAGAACCAGUCGCUACAGUUACUGAUGAGAGAACAGAGAAACAAGCUCCUCCAUUGCCAGAGCCAAAGCCAGUGUAUGCUCAGCCUGGCCAGCCUGAUGUAGAUUUGCCAGUCAGUCCAUCUGAUGCACCAAUUCCAAACUCGACACAUGACGAUGGAAUGUUGAGGCCAACUAUGAAGCUUGUUAAGUUUAAGAAGGGUGAAAGUGUCGGACUCCGGCUGGCAGGUGGGAAUGAUGUGGGAAUAUUUGUUGCUGGAGUAUUGGAAGAUAGUCCUGCAGCCAAAGAAGGUCUCGAGGAAGGAGAUCAGAUCCUCAGGGUGAAUAAUGUGGAUUUUGCAAAUAUCAUACGGGAGGAGGCAGUACUAUUUCUGCUUGACCUUCCAAAAGGCGAGGAGGUUACCAUCCUGGCACAGCAGAAGAAAGAUGUCUAUCGACGUAUUGUGGAAUCUGAUGUGGGUGAUUCUUUCUAUAUCCGGACUCACUUUGACUAUGAAAAGGAAUCUCCGUAUGGCUUGAGCUUUAACCGAGGUGAGGUGUUCCGGGUAGUGGACACACUCUAUAAUGGGAAGCUGGGCUCCUGGCUCGCCAUUCGAAUUGGCAAAAAUCAUAAGGAGGUGGAGAGGGGUAUCAUUCCGAACAAAAACAGAGCUGAGCAGUUGUCCAGUGUGCAGUACACACUUCCCAAAACUGCUGGUGGCGAUCGGGCUGACUUCUGGCGCUUCCGUGGACUUCGUAGCUCAAAGAGAAAUCUGAGGAAAAGCAGGGAAGACCUUUCUGCUCAACCAGUUCACACCAAGUUUCCAGCUUAUGAGAGGGUUGUGCUUCGUGAAGCUGGGUUCCUGAGGCCAGUGGUCAUCUUUGGACCCCUUGCUGAUAUUGCUCGAGAGAAGCUUGCCAGAGAGGAGCCAGAUUUGUACGAAAUUGCAAGGAGUGAGCCCAGAGAUGCCGGCACUGAUCAACGCAGUUCUGGUAUUAUCCGACUACACACAAUCAAACAAGUCAUUGACCGAGAUAAGCAUGCAGUGUUAGACAUUACUCCAAAUGCAGUGGAUCGGUUGAAUUAUGCACAGUGGUACCCAAUUGUAAUCUUUCUAAACCCGGAUUCCAAGCAAGGCGUUAAAACAAUGCGGCAAAGACUCUGCCCUGAGUCUCGAAAAAGUGCGAGGAAGUUGUUUGAGCGUGCCAUGAAACUGCGUAAGAACAAUCAUCAUCUGUUCACGUCUAACAUCAAUUUAAAUUCAAUGAAUGAUGGCUGGUAUGGGGCAUUGAAAGAAUCUGUCCAGCAGCAACAGAACCAGUUAGUUUGGGUAUCAGAGGGAAAGGCUGAUGGUACAGCAGAUGAUGACCUGGACUUGCAUGAUGACCGUUUGUCAUACCUUUCGGCUCCAGGCAGUGAGUACUCUAUGUACAGCACAGACAGUAGGCACACUUCAGAUUAUGAUGAUACAGACACAGAAGGUGGUGCCUACACUGACCAAGAACUGGAUGAGACUCUCAAUGAUGAUAUUGGACCCACAGAAUCUGCCAUAACUAGAUCCUCGGAGCCAGUAAGGGAAGAUUCCUCCAUGAUGCAUCCAGAAUCUAUGCCGCGAGCAUUCCCAUCUUUUCCGGCACAAAUGCACAAAGUAGAUCCUUCUGUCUAUAAACCUUUACCUAAUCAACCGAAAACAGAUAUUCUUCCUGCAGUACUCAAUUCAUCCCAGCAGCUUGAAUCUAUUCCUGUGGUGACUAUGCCCUCUGCAGUCAAUACCACAGUAGAUCUAAACAAUGUAAGACUCGAGGAGAUGGCAUCUCCUCCCCACAGCAGCCCUGAACCCCAGAUCGAUUCCUACAGCAAACCCAGUCCUGAGCCUUCUCGUGUCAUUCAUUCUGUCAGUCCUAAGGGGCUGACAGAUCCAGAACCGACAGCGGCUCGAACUGCAGAACCAACAAAGAUAUACCAGAAGGACUUGUACAAUGAUGAACUUCCAGGGCACAAUUAUGACAUCAUGCAGCCAGGAGGCAACCAUUCUGUACUGAGAACUGAUAAAGAACCUCCACAGCAAAACAGAGGACAUGAGCAACAGCAGCAUUUUGAGGAGCAACCUUACAGACACGAAUCGCAAGCAAAAUACGAGCAGGUUCCUCCAAGUUAUGGUUCUGGUUUGCAUUAUGAUGAAAAUCUGCCCAGUUACAAUGACAAGUGGCCACAUUAUAAUGAAAAACACACUCCAUACCAACCUCCUUACUUUCAGGACCAGGAUCCACAAGACCAUGAGCCAAAGCAUCAAGAACAUUAUCCAGAUCGUGCCUACCAACCACAUCACGAAGAGCCACCACCUUCAAGCCACGAGAACAGACUGCCACGUUAUGAUAAGCCACUUAAAAAUUACAAGCCACCUCAGCCGCAGUUCAGUGAUCCACACCUUCAUGGCUUUGAUCCUCGUCCUCGAUAUGAACGUGGUCCACAGGUUUUUCACCCACCAGCCCCCAGAUCUCCAGAACCUCAGCAACAGUAUUUUGACCCCCAAGUCCGGACCUAUGACCAGGGCCCAUCUCAAGGCUACAACUCCCUCCCCCGGCAGUUUGAAAUGGUCCAUAACACGGAUGCCUCCUUUCCUCCUCCUCCACCUCCUCACACUAAACCUGCUGAAUCCCUACAUUCUGUCAGUAAACCACACCCUCCACCACCAGGAAAACCACAGGUGGAGGAUGACGUGGAUCCAGCAAUGAAGCCCCAAUCAGUUCUCACCCGGGUAAAACUCUUUGAAAGCAAGAAAUCUUCUUCAAUGAAGAGCAAGGACCCAACUGAAAUGGCACCACUAAGGUCUCCUGAAGUAGCUCCUAAGCCUGUAUUAGUUCCGGUCUCCGCUUCCAAACUGGUCUUUCAGCCAACACCAGAGCAGGAAAAGCCUCCGCAUGUAUAUAGGAGCCCUGAACCUCAAGUGAAAAUUCUAGAAGAAGCGCCACGAACAAACAACUACAGUGCAGAUGAGGAUGAGGAAGAUUAUCGGAAGCAAUUGUCUUAUUUUGGCCGCAGAAACGUAGAUCUGAAGCCUGUAACUCAGCUCCCUCCCAGCAGCUUCCCUGAACCACCAAAAUCAUCAGAGUUUACACUUCAGCCCAACUACCCUGGAUACCUGUCUAGGAGUACACCAGCAGACUUUGACCAUGUGGUCAAACCCAGCAACACUGAGAAGAGAUAUGAUUCUGCAUCCCAGUUGCCUGGCCUUCAGUCACGUUAUGGACCUCCUCAACUGAGUUUGAACUCUUCAGUGCAUCCCAAGGCUUCUCCAUCUGAAGUGAGCUCAAUGCCACAGGAUAUACCCAGUGUCCUACAAAUGAAGCCAGAAAUACCUCAAAGUAAACCCCAGGCUUUGAGACCUACUGCUCGAGAGGAAACUGUUCAUUCAAAUUAUUAUCUUCAGAAAAAUUUCCCAGUUUCAGAAAGGGCCCCUGUGAAUGGAAUGGAGCAGCCCCAGAAACAAGCUGCCACAGCGUAUAACCGCUUUGCCCCGAAGCCAUACACAAGUGCUGCACGGCCCUUUGAACGCAAAUUUGAGAGUCCAAAAUUUGAUCACAACCUCCUGCCGAGUGAACCUCAGCUACAGCCCAAACCUGAGCCCUUGGUGAAAGCACACAGCUCUCCACAGCCUCCAGACUUCGACAGUGGCACUGACACAUUCCCCAGACCAUCAGACCACAGACCCAAAUAUCAGGCAAAUAAUAUCCAUGCUGUCCCUAAAGCUGUUCCUGUAAGUCCCAGUGCAUUAGAAGAUGACGACGAUGAUGAUGGGCACACAGUGGUGGCAACAGCCCGUGGAAUUUUUGACAGCAAUGGUGGCGUGCUGAGUUCUGUUGAGACUGGUGUUAGCAUCAUCAUUCCAAAGGGAGCCAUUUCUGAGGGUGUGGAGCAGGAAAUCUACUUCAAGGUUUGCAGAGAUAACAGCAUCCUCCCUCCUCUGGACAAGGAGAAAGGUGAAACACUUCUGAGCCCGCUGGUAAUGUGUGGACCCCACGGCUUGAAGUUCCUGAAGCCUGUGGAGCUGCGGCUGCCUCAUUGUGCGUCUAUGACUCCAGAUGGUUGGUCUUUUGCUCUAAAAUCCUCUGACUCCUCGUCGGGUGAUCCUAAGAGCUGGCAGAACAAAUCUCUCCCAGGAGACCCUAAUUAUCAUGUGGGAACAAACUGUGUUUCAGUCCUGAUUGACCACUUUUAAAUGUGCAAAUGGGUGACUGAUGGUAAUGCCAGGAUACCUUGGCAGUGGGUGGAGCACAGAUUUAAGCAAUAACCUCCUUUCACACAGUUGGAUAUGGUUGUGUGAUAGCCUAAAAUGCAAAUACUCACAUUCUAAGUGCAGUGAAUGGAAUUGCAGGUGAGCUUGCAAUGAAACAGCAAAUCUGAACUGUAAAGUUUCCCCAGUUUCUGUGUUAACCAGCAGAGAUGCCUUGGCAUUUAUAGCUAUCAUUUACAAUACUAAAUAGAUUUUUCUAUAACUUUACAGCCUUUACAUGUUUAUAUGGAUAACCAUUUCUCAGUUUAAAUGUAGAAGUUACAUUUCUAUGACCUUUAGUUAUAAAGAGCUAUUUGACUUUGUCUGAAUUACCUGGCUGGCAGGGGCGUUCCAGUGAGCUACAAUCGGACAACCUGCUGUGCUGUGGGAUUGGGAGAUGUCAUUGAGGUCUGUGGCUGUACAUAAACCCCAAUAUCACCUUGGAGCUCUGUUUGUAAAUUAACAUUUUUUAUGUCUUAUUUUGUAUAAAACAAACUGAAAACACUUUCUAAAGAGGAUCUUUAUAUUCUGCCGUUGUGGGGCCUUUUGAGCAGUUGUAAAAUUUGCAGCAAUAAAAUCAAUACUUAAGUUUAAAACAAAAUCACUGAAGUUUUUGCAGCUUUGCAUUAAUGUUGCUGUGUUCUUUGAGAAUGACUUGUCUGUGUAAAGGCAUAGGUCCUUUAUAUUUUAAGGUAAUGUUUGAGAAUGUUGGCGUGCAGUGAGUGGGAUCUAUGAAAUCUAUCUUUGGAUAAAGUGACAGGUCACUGUACUGUGUGUCCCAAAGUGUAUUUUUGUACUAAUAGACAAUAUUUUCUGGCACAGCAGUACGUGGUUUGCUGGGGAUUCUAGCACGGCAUCUGUUAAUCACUUCACAUUGACGUGUGGCUGACUUGUUUCCUGAAGUUACUCAAACUACAUCUUUCUAAAUAUACCACUAUUAUUGAAUAAAAGCAUUUUUAAGAUA